GCGCAAACGCCGCAAGUAAAACAAAACAGAUGCCACCACAAAUCAGCGACAGUAAGACGUCACCGAUAUCAGCCAGCAACACUACCAGGCAGAGAGGAGUCUACAUCUAGGGAAGAAGACCGAAAAGAAAGGCAUAGACGACGACUUACCUAGACGGCCCUAGUUAGUUAGCUCCAAGAUAAACAUAGAUAUUCCGUCAGUCCAAAAAAAAAAAAAGUUUCCACAAAGAACCAACGUUUAUCUGACACAGACGGUCAACUCACCAGGCGGCAGACAUCGCUAUGGCCCAGGAGACCAAUCAGAGCCCAGUUCCUAUGCUCUGUGCCACCGGCUGUGGUUUCUAUGGCAACCCUAGGACUAAUGGCAUGUGCUCUGUGUGCCACAAGGAGCACCUGUCAAGACAGAACAAUGGAGGAGUCAGUUCUCUGAGUGCUGUGGGCAGCAGCAGCGGCCCCACAGCUGAGGCUUCUGCCAUCCAGAGGUUAGAGGCCACCUUGAACAAUGCUGCAGCUGCUGCAGUCGCCGCAGCAGAGGUGGCAGCUGAGGCUGCUUCGGCUGAGGCUGCUGCCGCUGAAGCUCUCAGUGGGGUUUCAACAGCCAUUGCUGUAACAAAACAGAUGACUGAGAUGAGUCUCUCCUGUGAGGAGAAAGGAGCAUCAGGGAGCAAAGUAGAGCUCACAGAGCCAGUGGUGAAUCAGCCCACAGUCUCGACCUCCCAUCCCUCCACUGCUGGCAGUGAAGACUCCAAAGCCCCAGAGCCCCCCAAACCCAAGAAGAACCGUUGCUUUAUGUGCCGCAAAAAGGUUGGCCUUACAGGUUUUGACUGCCGCUGUGGAAAUCUGUUCUGUGGACUUCACCGUUACUCCGACAAGCACAACUGUCCAUACGACUACAAAGCGGAAGCUGCUGCCAAGAUUCGCAAAGAGAACCCUGUGGUUGUCGCUGACAAGAUCCAGAGAAUAUGAAGAGAACUCUACAGUUUGACUUUGAAUACUGGGAGUGAUCGGCUUAUAAAAAAAAAAAAAGGACUUGAGCCCAACCUUCUUCCUGAAGGACCUGUUUUCUUCUUGUUUGUUACACAGUCCGGACUUUUUUCCCAGUGCAUGAAAGUUAACUUAUAUUUUCAGCUUUCAUUCUUGUUUGUGUGAGUUUAACACUUUUGGAAGGUGGUAUUGAACAAACAAUGUGUGAAUGGGAGGUUGGGGAGGGCAUGAGUGCAGGGAGG